AAAAAAAAAGAAAAUGAUUUGAAAGUGGCAGAAAAAAAAAACAGAAAAAUUCCAUUUUUAAAAGCCACUGACUGAGAGUUCUGUGAACAAUACGAGCAAAAAAAAAUUAUAAAACGAAUUCCAGCAAUUAUGCAUAUUAUGAAAAAAAUUUAAAGCAUUAAAAAUUGUGACCGAAAUAAAAGAAAAAAAAAGUAACGGCGCCAGCGAAUAAAAUAAAUGAAUAAACAAAAUCACAAAGAAUCGCUGUGAAUCGAUAAAAUUAAUUUUUGAUUUGAUUGGUAAUAUAAUCACGGCAUAUUUAACGAACGCACCCUCUUCGGAGGGUUUUAGUGGGCUGCAAAGUCUGCAGAAUUUGGUGGCAUUGGAGAGCGUUGCCUCAAAACAAACGAGUCGAAUGCAGCCAACAGUGCCACAAAGUGCAGGAGCAGCCGAUAUGGAUUUGCCGGCUGUUCAGUCAAUGGAUUGGUUAUUCAAAAAAGAACGCAUUUACUUACUAGCACAAUUUUGGCAACAGAGAGCCACAUUAGCGGAAAAAGAAGUUAACUCAUUGAAAGAGCAAUUGUCAUCCACAAGUAUUUCAUCUCAGAAUUCAUCAAUGCAAAACGGUUGUUUGGCACCGCAAUCACUAGCAUCGCCCACAAUGUCUGAGUGCAGCAGCAGCGGUAAUCCGAUAAUAAAUAGCAAAUCGCUAAACAACAACAAAGACGAUCUAAACGACGAUAAAAUGGACACAACGAAUGAAAAUCAAUCGACAUCGAAUCGAUCGUCGCCAGUGUCGAUGGUUGAACAAAAACGUGAAAAUACAAUUGAAAAUUUAGCCGACGACGAUGACGAAGAUGAUGAUGAUAUUGUACCAAUCCCAUCCACUGUUACCUCGUCAACAACCAGCUCACUAAUCGCAUCGACAGCAAUCACAAAUGCGUCAAAUGCACUAACAAACACAUCGGCCGCAUCAAAAUUGUCAAGUGUCACAACUGCAUCAGAUGUAAACGACAGCGAAGGCAAAAGUUCCGAUGAUAUUUCUGCCAAAGAUAAAGAGAUUGUAGCAUUAGUUGAAGAAAUCUCUAGACUGAGAAGCGCAUUGGCCGCAUUGCAGGAAUCGCACAAUCUCCGGAUACAACAGCUCGAAGAACGUCUUGAAUCCAAACGACAACACAUAUCCAGACUCGAAUCACGUUUGGACAAACAAUCCGACUACGAUGACGUUAAAACGGAAAAUCGAUCCGGGGACGUACAAUCGGAAUCAAAACAAUUUCAAGAACUACUAUUGGAGCGAACCAAAGCAUUGGCCGCUCAAGCAGAAGCACUCAAAUCAAACUCAGAUGGCGCAUAUUCAGCUGUAACCAUUCCACAAGAAAAUCAUGCAUCCCCACCGUCAACUGUCACAUCAGUAGUAUCGACAUCAAUGACAAAUGCAAAAAGCGCCAAUGCAUUGGCGACGGUCGGUCGUAAUAGCAAUGAUAUGAUAUUGGCGGCGGCGGCUGCCGGAGCUUCGAUAUUACCAACAUCAGCUUUGCAUAAUGUCGAAACAUUUGGAUCGUUUCUUGGCGAAGAAAUUGUCUGCAAUUGGCGUAGAGGUUUUGAGCUUCCGCCGUCUGUUGCACAAAUGCAUCCAGCGGCUGCGGCUGCAGCAGCAGCAGCGGCAGCUACAAUGCAAUCCAACUAUCUUAAUUCGGCUAAUGAAACGCAUCGUUUAACGCAACAACAACAACAUCAACAGCAACAACAACCACAAUCACAUAACAAUAGCAUCAGCCAAAAUGCCAAACCCAUGGACAACCACACAAAAACUAAUUCGCUUUCAAAUUCUUUAGAUGAUCAUGGAAAUCGACAGGAUGACAAAAGUAGCCAUCAUGAUGCAUCGUCAACAGCAAGCACACCAAUUCUACAGGAUUCACGUUACGAUGAUAAUCAAAAUGGUGGUUUAACGCCGAUGUCAUUGCCAAUAUCAAAAAGUCCACAAGAAGAUAAUAAUAAUCAUUUGGGUGCAUUGCCGCAUGGACCAAGUUUUCCACUUGGUUUACCGUUCCAUCAUCAAAUGCAAGAACGUCCACAUUUUCGCUUCGCCGACGAAUUACAAAUGACAUCCGGUUCAAUGACUAGCCGCCUCGGCGACUCACUUAUACCAAAAAGCGAUCCAAUGGAGGCCAAAUUACAAGAAAUGCUUCGCUAUAAUAUGGACAAAUAUGCAAAUCAAAAUCUCGAUACAUUGCAUAUAUCGCGACGUGUACGGGAAUUGUUGUCCGUACACAAUAUUGGGCAACGUCUAUUUGCCAAAUAUGUGCUUGGAUUGUCACAAGGCACCGUCUCUGAACUACUAUCAAAACCAAAGCCAUGGGAUAAACUCACUGAAAAAGGACGUGACAGCUAUCGAAAAAUGCAUGCCUGGGCAUGCGAUGAUAAUGCCGUUCUAUUGCUGAAAUCAUUGAUUCCCAAAAAAGAUUCUGGAUUGCCACCGUACGGACGUGGAGAUGAUAAUAGUAUGGGUGAUGAUCGUAUCGCUCAUAUUUUAUCCGAAGCAUCGAGCAUGAUGAAACCAUCUCUCGGUGGUUCUCAAUCACAAAUGUCACUAUCACAACAACAACACAACGACGAUUCACGCAGCAACGAUGAUUUAGACUCAUUGCAUAACCAAAGCCUAUCACCGUUCUCAAAGGAUGCACGCCGUAUGCGUAAAUAUGACAGUGAUGACAUUUCACGCGAGAAAAUGGCUCGCAUUUAUCAAGAAGAAUUGGCUAAACUAAUGACACGUGACGCAUUCCCAAAUUCUCUAUUUCCACAAUUUUUAAGCGGUGGCAUGCCACCAGUCCCAUCGACAGCAACGUCGCAAAUGCCGGAGGAUAACAUUCGUAUGGCGCUCGAAGCAUAUUAUCGUGAACUGGCCAAAUUGCAACAAAGCGGUGGAAAUAUUCCAAAUUUCCCAAAUCUUCCUGGACUGCUUGCAUUGCAACAGCAAGCAUUGAAUGGUGCUCAAGAUUUAUCUCUUAAAAAAGAGCAACAAGCUCAAGCACAAGCGAAUAAAUCACAAAAAUUGAACGGACAACAUUCGGGCUCCGAAGAGAAAGACAAUGAUGAUGGCCGCAAUUCAUUAUCUGCAUUCAAUAUGGUACGAGCCAAACCAGAACCGGGCACAACACCAACAACAACAGCAUCAUCGGCUGCACCAAGUCCGAUUGGUAAUUCGAUUUUGCCACCGGCCAUGACACCAACCGAUGAUUUCUCGUCUGCUGCCAGCCCAUUGCAACGCAUGGCAUCCAUCACAAACUCUUUAAUCACACAAGCACCGAUGCCCAAUCAUCAUGCCAGUGCUCAACGACCAUUAAAAGCUGUUCUGCCGCCAAUCACCCAACAGCAAUUCGAUAUGUUCAACAAUUUAAAUACCGAAGAUAUUGUGCGCCGUGUUAAAGAGGCAUUGUCACAGUAUUCGAUCAGUCAACGUUUGUUUGGCGAAUCUGUUUUGGGUUUGUCACAAGGUUCCGUUAGUGAUUUAUUGGCACGCCCAAAACCAUGGCAUAUGCUUACGCAAAAAGGACGCGAACCAUUUAUUCGCAUGAAAAUGUUCUUGGAAGAUGAAAAUGCGGUACACAAAUUGGUUGCAAGUCAAUAUAAAAUUGCACCCGAAAAAUUGAUGCGAACCGGUAAUUACAGUGGUUCACCACAAAUUCCAUCGGGCAUUGCCAAGCAAAUGCCACCGAUGCAAAAAAUGAUUAGCGAAAUGUCAAAAAUGCAACAAGAACAACAUUUAAUGCAUUUACAACAAUUGCAAAUGCCAUCGACACAAAUGCAACCACCACCGUCACAAGGACAAUCGGCCACAUCUCAAUCAUCGUCGAUGCCAAAUCCAGGAAUGUUACUCACACCGCCCGGUGUACCACCACUUCAUCGCGUUACACUUCCGCCAGAAGACAAGAAACCAAUGCCAGUUCCGGUUCAUUCACCGCAACAAAAUAAUGCAAUGCGCAGUAUGCAUCAGCAUAUGUCGCCAACCGUUUAUGAAAUGGCCGCACUCACUCAAGACAUGGAUACUCAAACAAUCACAACCAAAAUCAAGGAAGCACUUAUGGCCAAUAACAUUGGACAAAAGAUUUUCGGUGAAGCUGUUUUGGGCUUAUCACAAGGUUCAGUGUCUGAAUUGCUAUCAAAACCAAAGCCAUGGCAUAUGCUCAGUAUCAAAGGACGUGAACCAUUUAUUCGUAUGCAAUUAUGGUUAUCCGAUGCCAACAAUGUAGAUCGUUUGCAAGCAUUGAAAAAUGAACGACGCGAAGCAAACAAACGUCGCCGAUCAACCGGUCCAGGAAUGCAAGACAAUAGCUCAGAUACCAGCAGCAAUGAUACAUCCGAAUUUUAUGCAUCAAAUUCACCGGGACCCGGUUCCGUUGGAUCGUCUGGUGCACCGCCAAAUAAAAAGCAACGCGUUCUCUUCUCCGAAGAACAAAAAGAAGCACUUCGUCUUGCCUUCGCCCUUGAUCCAUAUCCAAAUGUUGGCACCAUUGAAUUUUUGGCCACUGAACUAGGCCUAUCCACACGUACAAUCACCAAUUGGUUCCAUAAUCAUCGUAUGCGCUUAAAGCAACAAGUACCGCAUGGUGCACCAUCCGAUUCGAUUCCAACGCGUGAAAAUCAAACUGGCGCCCCAUUCGAUCCAGUACAAUUUCGUCUUUUGUUAAAUCAACGAUUGAUGGAAUUGCAAAAAGAGCGUAUUGGUUUGUCGGGUGUACCAUUACAAUAUCCACCAUUCUUUGCAAAUCAAAAUUUAGCGGCGCUCAUUGGUCGCGGUUUGUUGCCAACAAAUGAAGCCGAAUUGGCCGCACUGAAUGCAUUCAAAGAGCAAAUGAGUGGAUUGGAUUUGAGUAUGGGUGCUGGUUUGAAACGUGAACGUGACGAUUAUUCAGAUGAUGAAAAUGAUGGUGAUAAUAAUAUGUCGGAUGGUGAAGAUGAUGAUAAUGCUGACAAUAAAUCCGAAUCAAAUAAAGAUUUAUCAGCAUCACCGAUGGCAAUUCAAUCAAAUGUACGUUCAUCGCGUCGCAAACCGGCCGCACCACAAUGGUUGAAUCCAAUGUGGCAAGAUGACAAAAAAAACCCAUUAAAUAUUGGCAAUAAUGAUGCCAACGCCGCUAAUCGGGCACCAACCGACGAUGAAGUUAUCAUCAAUGGCGUUUGUGUGAUGCAACAAAAUAAUGACUUUGAUCAAGAUGAUUCGACCGUUCGAAUUGAACCACAAUCGGCCGAUCGAUUGGACGACGAAGAUGCCCAUUCAGAUGAUGAAAACGAUGCAAAAUCGACCAAAAAUAACAAUGACAUGGACACCGAUGCACCAAGCGAAAAUGAUAUUGGCAAAGCCAAUGAAUUGGAAAAAAACACCAACGAUAAAACAACAGUGUCCAAUGACGAUUUACCGGUCGUUAAGAAGGAAUCCGAUGACAGCGAUCGAUGGGAUUAUUAAAAUCCAACUAGACGCGUUCUAAGCAGUAAAACUGCUUAAACUAGUGCAAUCUAAAAAAAACGAUUUAACAAAAAUGAACAGUGAAUUUUAAGUCCAUUUUUUCUAAGUUAAUCAUAAAAUUGAUGGAAUUUUUUUUAGUAUGAAAUCAAUUGAGCAUUACUAGAUUUUAAACUAAUGCUCAAUUAUGAGAGAGAAAAAAUAAGUUUUUUUGUUCAAAACAUUUACUUUCAAAUCAUUAUUUUCUUUUUCUAAUGUUUAACUUAUAGAAAUUAUUUGUAAAUAGUCAUAGAGUAUGAAGAAGCUACACAUUCAACAUUUAAACGACCAGUAAAGCUGGCAAAAGUAGUUUGAAAAACUUUUGAAACAUCGGUCAUGUCAUCAAUGAAUAUAUUUUAACCAAAAAAAAAAACAAAAUCUAAAAGAAAACUCUCAAAGCAUAAAAUUCAUGCCGAUAAAAAAUAAAACACGUGCAAAAAUUUAUAAAAAUGAAUCAAUCGAUAAAAGUUGUAAAAAAAUGUUUAAGUUUAUUGAUUUCAUUUGAUCCUUAUCCCUAAACUAUAUAUCAAUAUAAGUAACUUUUUUAACACUAGAUUAUUUAUGUUUAGAUGUUUAAAUGGAAACAUUGAAAUGAAGCAAACAAAAAAAGGAAGAAGAUUAACAAAAUUGAAAUUGAUUGAUUCGGAGUCGCAUUCAAAUUGAGAAAAAAUGAAAUAGAGGAAAAUCAUUGUGUCUAUAAAUCUAUAAUAAAUUAUGCAGUGUGAAAUCGCUACUGAAAAUGCUUAAGCGAUCCAAAAAAAAAAUACGCGCAAGACUAUAUGAUAGUGAACAAAAUAAAUAAAUUAAUGUAGAUGCAGAAUUCAAUGUAAAUAAGACUGUUGUUAGGUGUGAGGUGGAUUGAAUUGCGUUUUCCACAGCGAAAAAAAAUGUUAUUCUUGCCGAAUAUGAAUGAAUAUUCACUGCUGUCGAUGUGGAACAACAGAACAAAACAAAAAAAUAAUAUUUAUGAAAAACAAACACACACACACAUUUCUCUUUAAAUAUAUAUAUAUUGAUAAUCACAAUUUCUUAAAUCGUAGGACUCGUACUCGCAUUUUAUUCGCAUUCAGUUUGGAUGCACCGGCCAAAGCAUUUUGCUGCGAUCGGUUGCAAGAGGAAAACCAAGCAAAUGCAUAGAAAUAAAUAACAAAACUAAGAAUUAAGAUUUAAGCUCGAAAUCAAUCAAAAAAAUACACACAAAGAGACACAAAAGAAAAAAUCUCUCAAUUCGAUGACAUUCAAAUAUAAAAAAAUAAAAGAAUGAAAGUGAGAAUACGAGCAAGGUCAACAUCAAGCAUUACGAAUUCUAGAUUUUGAUCUCAAAGCAACCAAAUAAUCGAAUACAAAAAAAGAAAAAUCCAAUUGAAAUGUCUGCAGUUCGCACAGCGCGCGAUCGUUUCACACUUUCUUUUGUUUUUGUUUUUAAACAAAUCGAAUUGUAUCGCUCUCCCUCUGACGAAGAAAAGAUACAAUUUAUCUUCAAUUUUCCGUUGUGUACAUGAAUUUACGAAUAUGGCAUUUAAUUUCUUCCCAUCGCAAAGUGAACAAUAAGUAUCGUUAUCGUUAUAUUUCAUUUAAUCUCGUCUGUUUUCUUUAGUAUUUUCUCCUUUUCUCAAGUUUGAAACCUAAUUUACCGAGAUACAAAAUAUUGUAAAUAAAGUAUUUACAGCGCGUUUACGACAGAUAUGUUGCGCGCAAAUUUUAAUUGAUUGAUCAAUUUUUUUUAGUAUUAAGUGACACUCCAAAAUUUAUGGAACUAUUCGUGAAAUAUUGAAUGAUGAAAUGAAAAUAAAAAAUACCUGUAUGCAUAUCGAACAAGACAAGCAAGAAAAGAAAAGAACAACUAGAUCAUGAACUUCAAAAUAUACAACUGCCUCUAAUUCAUAAUUUGAUUGUGCACAUUAGGUGAACAUUGACCGCUGAAUAAAUGGCGACCAUGAACAAAAAGAUAAAAAUAAAAAUAAACUUUAAAAAUUGAUGUGCGAAUGUGAAAGAAAACCAAAACACUGUUGCUUCAGAAUAAUGAGCAAAAUCGAAAAGUGAAGAGACCACAAAAAACCAAUUAGACGAUUUUCUCUUUUCUUUAUAGUUUCCGAAAUUCACAGGCCCACAAAACCGAACUCUUUUGUUCUGUUGACAUUGUGAAUAUAAGAAACAAUACAACAACAACAAAAUAUUCGCUUAAGUAGGUUAAUUCAAUAUAUUAUAUGCAUAUUUACUGUAGAUCUAUGAAGGAGAAAAGCAAAAAAUGAAUAUUAUCAAUACAUUUAAAAAAAAAUUGAAAAAAAGCAUCUAGACAUAAAUUUUGUGGAUUAAACUAAUUUUAAUUGAUUUGUUAAAAUGAUUUAAAAAAUGAAAUAGAAAUAAAAGUCUAAUUAAUGUAUGCACAAAAAAAAACAACAACAAUCGCAUCAAAUCAAUCAAUUGAAUUAAAUUAUUUUUCUUCUUCCGAAUGUGUAGUCGACUCCUUUGUUACGAGACAGUCAAAAAAAGACAUUUUCCGUUGGAACAUGCUUGACAAAUUCACAUACAUACACACACAAAUGCCAGAGGCAUUUGGUAUAAUUCUUCUUUAUUUUGGAUUUACAAUCAAUUUAACUUUUAGAUAAAUAUGUUAUGGAUCCGUAGAUGCAUUUUGAUAUAUUUUACUUGAUGGAACGGAUCAUGUCUCAAAUGACAAAAAAAAUAUACGCGAAAGAUUAGAGAGGUAUAAAAGGGAUAUCGAUAUCAAAGUGUCAAAUUAGUGAAAACCAUUUACAGUAAGACACUUUUAGUAUAAUGAACCGGGUGUCAAAAUUAGACAUCACGACAACAAAAGAAAAUUAAAUUGAGGAGCAAAAAAACCAAAUUACCACAACAAACACAAAACAUACGAUGAUAAACAUAAAAUGAGAAUUAAAAUCAAAGGCA